AUGGGCAACGGCGUGUCUACCGAGAUGGAGAUCUUCGCCGAGGGCGAGUUGGAGGCAGAACUCAAGCGUCUCGGCGGUACAGGCGACGCCAGUGUCAAGCAGCUGCUGGGCAAAGGCUACCGCGACGUCGUGCAGCUGGUGAUCCGCCCCAAGCGAGCGCUGUACGACGUUCACGAGCUGGGCCCCGAGCGCUUCCAGGUCGCCGAGCUGUCGGUAGAUCCCACACAGGACAACGUGACGCAGGCCAGACGCAGAGACUUCGACGUGCUCAAUGAGCGGGGUUUGCGUGUGCGCUGUUCGCACUGGCAGCUCUUCGCACAGGGCAGCAGCACCCCGGCUGUCACGCCGUGUCUGAUCUACCUGCACUCCAACAUUGGCUCUCGACUGGAUGCACUGCGUGUGCGUGAUGCAGCGUUAAAACGCGGCUUCUCCGUACUGGCCUUCGACUGCUGCGGCUCUGGGCUGUCGGACGGUCUCUAUGUGACCAUGGGCUGGAACGAAUCGCUGGACCUGUUUGCUGUACUGCAGACCCUCGAAAAGGACGCAUCCGUGUCGGAUAUUUGUCUGUAUGCGCACAGUAUGGGGGCGUUCCCUGCUAUCGCCAACCUUGCGCUUCGAGCGACCGGAGCGGCAGACAAGAAGAUGCAGGCCAAGCUCGAGACGUUGCCGUAUGCCCUGCGAACUGCUGUCGCUGUCUCCUGA